UUUGGAGCAGCGACACUGGUGGACGAGUUCAAUUUUGAGCGCGCUUGCCAUUAAGAGUACAGUGAGCGUGGCUGUGUUUCGUGUUGUUGUGUAGUUGUUGCUGUUGAUCAGAUUUAUACGCUAAAUGUGUGCCUAUGUUGUUGUUUUAUUAUUUGCAUAUGUUUAGUUCGCUGAGAAAGCAGACGAAUUUGAAGUGUAUUUUUUGACCUUUUCUUCGAAUGCGCGCAAAAAACUAAACGUUGCAUAUUUAUAAGUGUUUAUUAAAUUCGGUGUUGUUUUUUGCUUGAACUGAACUAAGAAAUUGUGUCAUUUGGCGGUUCAAUGAAUUAAUUGAAUGAAACUCUGUCGAUUGGUUUUGCUGUGAGUGAUUCAUUUCAAGAUAUCGAAUACAAUUUUAAAUUUGCUGUGGAUAAUAAGACAUAUAUAUCUUACAUGAAUAUAAGUAUAUAGAAAGCAAGGGGAAUAGGAAGUGCUAAAAAAUGGAAAUAAAAAUAAAUUUCUGAAAGUGAGAAAUCAUUUAAUAAAUUCAAACAAAUUAUUGUAAUUAGACGUGAAAUAAUUUUCAAUUUGCAUACCGAGCGUUUACUAUGCAUGCGUAAACUGUGUAAAAUUAUAAACUAGAACAAACAAAAAUUGCACAAUUAAAUAAUCAUUAAAUAACAAAUGAAAUUGCUUUCAAAACACACUAUAUAGGAUAUGUAAUAAAGCAUGCUAAGUGCUGUGACUAUAAAUAAAAUGAAAUUUUAAUAAAAAACAGAUCAAAACAGAAAAAACUGCUUUAAACUUCUGCGAAAAAUAAAUUUAACAAAAUUUUGUUUAUAAAUUCACCAAUACUGCCGGCAUCUUUGCAUAUCGCAUAUAAAAUCAGAUAUUCAACACCAAAUUGACAAGAAUCACUUGCCACCUCAUAACACUGACAAAAAAGAACAAAAUGCCGACUGCUGUAUCAGAUCUCACACUGCCAACAGCAACACCUGCCGCCACAGCAACCACACCAUUUACAACAAUGACAACGCAGACUUUGCCAAAUGGCGAAGCCAUGCAAAUUCAAAACAUACAAAGAAGUGCAGAACAAAAUGACAAGAAUUUAAAGGAAGGCGACAGGCAACAAUUUAUUGUUAAAUAUCGACAACGUUUUUAUGACAUCACGCGUUUCCUGAAAAAUCAUCCAGGUGGUCUAAAUACGCUGCGUGGCCUCAACAAUGGCGAUAUGACAACGCGUUUUCUGCACGCCCCACCGCACUCUGAUGCUGCUAUGUACCUGAUGAAAGAAUAUGAAAUAAAGCCCACACAAUUGCAAAAUGACACCAAGCGAAGGCAUCAUCAUCAGCUGCAUCAAAGGCAACAUCUACAACAAAGGGGGAAUGAUGAUCAUUUUGUGGAUAAUGAACAACAGGAGCAGGUGUUUGAAGCGACCCCAGUAAAUGGUAUUGAACUGAUCGAUGACGUGUUACAAGAAGAUAGAAACAACAAUCAGCUGGAUGAGAGUAUGGAGCACCUGGUGGACUGGUCAAAAGCUAUGCUCCCACAAAUAUCACACAUUACACGCCAUUAUGAUGAAUGGGUGCACAAGCCGGUCGACAGGCCGUUACGCUUAUUUGGGCCAACUUAUAUAGAGAUGUUUACAAAAACACCCUGGUGGGUUAUACCACUCUUUUGGAUGCCCGUUAUUAGCAAAUGUCUCUGGGAUGAAUUCGCACGUAAUUGGAGCUCUUCUAGCACAAGCACGCAAACGCUUUUGGCUGGCUACUUUGCUGCCGGUAUACUCUUCUGGACCUUACUUGAGUAUGUGCUUCAUCGAUUUUUGUUCCACAUGAAAAUAAACGCCAGCACCAAUCCAUGGCUGUGCACAUUUCAUUUCAUGAUUCAUGGUCUACAUCACAAGGUACCUUUCGAUUCAAAGCGUCUUGUCUUUCCGCCACUGCCGGGCGUCGUUAUUGCCACUAUCAUAUAUACACCAAUCAGUUUUGUGUUGCCACAUCCACGUAUUGUAUUAGCCGGUGCGCUCUUCGGCUAUCUGUGCUACGAUCUGAUGCACUACUAUCUCCACUAUGGUAAUCCUUCAUUCCAACACACACGCUUCAUGUACGAUAUGAAACGCUACCACUAUCAGCAUCAUUUCGCGCACCAGGAUAUGGGGUAUGGCAUCAGUAGUCCUUUUUGGGACAUCGUAUUCAAUACAAGGAUACACUUGCGUAAACUACGAUUUCCAUUGCGUUGGCGAUAAGUACUGUCAAAUGACCACCUUAGGCCUUACACAUAAAUAUAUUUAAGAUGGAAUAAUUAAAAACAUAUUUAAAAGUAAGUUAUUAAAAUGUCACAUAGCAUCGGCUUAUGAACAAUGCUUUUGCUAUUAGUAGUUUUUAUAUGUAAAACAUUACCAAAGAAGAAAACUGUACUGAGAAGUCAUUGCUGUAUAUGCACAUACGAGUACAUACGUACAUAGUUGUAUGUAACUUUAGUAGACACAUUCAGGGGUUGUGUCUCGUGUAUGACGAUUUUACUAUCAGGGUGGAUUACAAUGAGUUGUUUUGAAAAUGUUAUUGUAUUUCUAUUGUUUUGUUGUAUUUAUUUUAAAUUCUUCUAUUAUUACUUAGUUUUAAGCAUAAAAUAAAAAAUGUAUUUUCUGAUGGAAAAAUUUAUAAUUUUUUCGUACAAAUGAAACAUAGCCAAAAAUUGUAAAA